UUUUAGUUUAGUUUUGGCUGCGUCGGGCCUUCGUUGCCGCGCGCAGGCUUCUCAUUGCGGUGGCUUCUCUUGUUGCGGAGCACAGGUGCGCGGGCGUCAGUAGUUGCAGCACGUGGCCUCGGUAGUUGCGGUGCGCGGGCCCAGUAGUUGUGGCCUCAGUAGUUGCUCCGCGACAUGUGGGAUCUUCACGGCCCUGGGCUCCAACCCGUGUCCCCUGCGUUGGCAGGCGGAUUCUUAACCGCUGCGCCACCAGGGAAGUCCUGCAGAUUUAAUUAGUUAAGCUGAAGCCACACUGGAGUAGGGUGGGCCCUUAAUGCAAUGUGACUGGUGUCCUUUUAGAAGAGAAGCCACAGAAAGGCACAGAAGUCAGCCAUGUGAAGACAAGGCAGAGAUGGGAGUGAUGCGGCCACAAGCCAAGGAAUGCCUGGGGCCCCAGAAGCUGGAAGAAACAAGGAAGAGCCUUUGGAGGGAGUGUGGCCUUGCCAACACCUUGAUUUUGGACUCCUGGCCUACACAACUGUGAGAGAAGAAAUUCAUGUUGCCUUUAGUCCCCUAGUUUGUGGUACUUUGUAACAGUUAGUAUUAGCCAGGCUUGUCUAGACUCAUUGAAGCAAAUAUCAGACGUCGUGUCAUUUAGUCGGGCGACAUUUCAGUCCAGAGCUGGAGACUGGCAGGCUGGGGAGGGGUGGGGGGGCGGGUCAGGGAGACUGCGGGUUUGGGGCCUGGACAGCUGGUGGGGGUUUGGGUGAGGGGUUGGGCCCUCGGGGCAGCUGGGGGCUGUGGGUAGUCCUACCUUGGCCUCCUUAUGAUGGAGAGGCGUGUUGGACCUCCAGGUGGAGACCCCUGGCGGGCGAUGGGUUUUCAAGUCCGGAGCUCCCAGUGACAGGCCCGGGCUGAGAUGAGCCAUGAAUCUUGUCCAGCAAAUCCUGGGCCGGAACCUGGGCCCUGGACAGCGAGGUCGGCUCUUUCGGCUGUGGCCUUCUCGUGGGCCAAGGUCGGUGGCUUGAAGCCUCCCUGAAAAGAACAGAGAAGGGGGACAUUUUAGAAUGAAAGUGUGCGUUUUUAAACACAUGGCUUCUCUCAACUUCUAAGUAGCAGUGGUGAUUACCGUGUUUAGGCCUGAAAGGGAAGUGAUAUUUCUGAUAUGAAAAUCUAGUCUAAUUAGAUUUUUCCUACAAAACAAUUUCCCAGCAAUGCAUUGUGGACAUGAAAGCCCCUUGAUGAAUGACUAGCUAAAUUCAGAAUUUUAAGGGAAAGGAAGGAACUCAGUUUCUAAGCCCUAGUUCUGAGAAAAAGGCUUUCUUUUCUUUUUUCGUGCUAAUCUUAUUUGUAAAGCCUUAUAAAUUCAUAGAAGAAACCAUUGGUACUUUUUUCCUUUGAUUGGGGCACAGGAUAUGGAUUCCGGUGGUGACCAGUGGUGUGAUUUGCAGGAAUGGGACCUUCCGUGCAUGGAGUAGUCUGCCAGGCAGGCCGGCCUCUGCUGCCUGGAGGGAUGUGGUCUCCGGAAUCAAGAGGCCCGGGUUUGAAUCCUGACUCAGUCACUGCCUACCCGGGCAGUUUGGGGCAAGUGACAGACCCUCUGAGCCUUGACUUUCUUGUCUAUAAGUGGGGAUGGUAAUGCCUACUUUGUCAGGUGUUAUGAGGAGCAAAUCAAAUUGCGCUGUGGCUGUAAAGCAUCUGGCAGGGUAACUGCUGGCCACGAGGACAGUGCUGCCUUGCAGGGGGGCCCAGAUGUCCUAACCUUGGCUUGCUAGGCUGAUGGCCCAGCUCCCAGCCCCUCGGAGGCCUGGGGCUUGGACAGACUCCUCUCCUUCUUCCUGCCUGCAAGCUGGGCUUGAACACCCCCAGCGACUGGGGGCUCAUUCCUGGCAAAGGGAGUCCUGUCUCCCUGUACCCUCUCCCGACCUGUGCCUGUGGCCUCUGCCCUCAGGCAGCUGCGGAGCAGGGGGCUCCUGGGUGACCCUGGUCUCGGUUGUUGGGCCCUUGCUUGAGAAUGAUCCCCUCCACCACGACACACCCCUUUCCGUGCCAUCAGGUGAGAGGCCCCAUCUCCACCGUCUCUGUAGUUCUUGUGCCCAGACUUUGCAGCUGCUUUUGUUCGUUCGUAGGAUUUCUAGGAGCGUGUGCAGGUGGGAGGAGGGCCGUCGUGUGCCGCACGUGCAGGAGCUGGUCCGGCUGCCACGGCUCAGCCUCAGCGUGUUUACGUGCACAGGGCCCUUCCGUCCUGGUGAGGAUGUGUGUGCACAGGGGCGUGUGCCCGACUUCUCUCCACAGCGGCUGACCGUGGAGAAGUCGUGCUUCCCAGGGAACGUGCCGGGCCGGCAGCACUGCGGUCUCGCGGCCGGCGUCCCGACUGGGUUUUCCGACGUUCUCUGUGAGCGGGUCCCGCGUCCCGAGGCCCCGGGACACUUCGCAUCCCCUCCACCGACUGCAGGCGCUUCCUGUCCUCGCCCCCUGCUCCGCUGGGCUGUCUUCUCGAACCUUUCCUUGCUGUCCUCCUCAUCACCCCGUCCAUCCUGCAGGCUGUCAGUGGGGGUUCCCCACGCUGCCUCGGAAGAGGGGGCCCCGCCUUCCUGCUCCCCGCUGGCCCUGCAGCCUCCCACUCCCCACCCUGGAAAGUGGGCCAGUAAUAUUCACCCCCUCUCUUUGGAGAUAAGGAGAGAAAAGCAUCUCCAGCCUGGAGAGGCUGAGAGUCAUAAUUAACGGGCUGUUGAGUGUCCUGAUUUCCUGGGGGGAAGAGGGGGGGCUCCCGGCUGUCCUCACGGAGGAGCAGCCAACCUGGGCACAGCUCUUAAUCCUGCAGUUGCUGCCUCGCAGGCCGGGCCCUGCCAUCCCGCCCCCCGCACCCCGCAAGCCCGUCCUGCGGUCAUCUCACGCCUGGAUGGACUGGACGUGUGGCUGCCGUCCUUUGGAAAACACCAGAGGCCACGUGGACCGCCCUCCCUCCCCGCCUCCCGUCUCCCAAGCACUCCCGAGCCUGUGAAGGGCCAGCCCCAUGUAGGGCCCUUAAAGCACCAGCGUUUUAACAGCCUGACCCUGAGUAUUAGGAGGGCCCCCUCUGCUGAUUCGUACGCUAUACGCUCGGGCUUUAAUUGGAGCAUAACUGUAAUCCAUAUGCCUGUUAAGGUAAUUACACUGAUAAACCUAAUAUAAUCCAUAGGUCAGUGGGUUCAGUGCUAAUUAAGGCAGCCGUAAUUAACAUUUACAAAAAACCUUGCAAUUACUGGAAUAUCCUUUUUUUAAAAAAAAUUUAUUUAUUUAAAUUUAUUUAUUUUUGGCUGUGUUGGGUCUUCAUUGCUGCGCGCAGGCUUCCUCUAGUUGCGGCGAGCGGGGGCCGCUCUUUGUUGCGGUGCGCGGGCUUCUCAUCCCGGUGGCUUCUCUUGUUGCAGAGCACGGGCUCUAGGCGCGCAGGCUUCAGUAGUUGCGGCACACAGGCUCAGUAGUUGUGGCUCACGGGCUUAGCUGCUCCGCAGCAUGUGAGAUCUUCCCGGACCAGGGCUCGAACCCGUGUCCCCUGCAUUGGCAGGUGGAUUCUCAACCACUGCGCCACCAGGGAAGUCCCCUGGAAUAUCCUUUAAGCUGACCUUCUGAGUUGAUAAUGAGGCUGGGCUCAGCGCUCCGUGGCCUCCUAGGGCUCUUUGACUCGGCACACCGGGCCUCCGGUACCAAGUGCCUGCGCCUUACCUCACUGGGGUGGGGUCGGCACCCGCCGUUACCACCCCCAGGCUCUGUGACAGGCACCCGGCUGGUGACGGUAGCACCAGGGGAGCCAGAUCCUUGUGGCUCAGCUGUCCCUAGCACUCAGCUUUUGCUCUGGCUCAACAGACCCAGCCUGACAAAGCAGUUGUUGGAGAAAAGAGAACGAGAAAUCCGCGCGUUGAACUAGGGGCAAGACCAAACUCCGGGGCAGCUGGAGCUUCCUCCCCUAGCUCAUCCCGUGGUGGUGAUGAGCCUCUCAAGGAACACCUGAGAAGUGAAAGAAAAAGAAAGUAAACCUCGGACCAGCCCACCAUCCAGAGGUGACUUCUCAUAACAUCUGGAGGUCCACCUUCUGCGCAGAGUAUGUUAUGGGUUACGUAUUCCGUCCAAACAUGAGAUUAGGAGCACAUGCUGUAUUUUUUUUUAAGUGAUUAAAACAAAAUUAAUGUAUUAUUUAUUUAUUUAUUUUUGGCCGCGUUGGGUCUUCGUUGCUGCGCGCAGGCUUCCUCUAGUUGCGGCGAGCGGGGGCCACUC